AUGUUUAAAUUGGCUGCUCUUCUCGCCAUUAUCGGACUUGUCAUGUCGGCUCCUCAAGGACAAGAAAGACAAGAAGGUGGACAAGGUGGACCAGGAGAACGUGGAGGAUCUACUCCAUCCGGAGGAAUCGGAGGAGGAUUCGGAGGAAAUCAGCAAGGAGGACAAGGUGGAUUCCAGGGUAAUGGAUCCAAUUUCGGAGGAUCCGAGAGUGGUCAGAUGGGAGGGCAAAUGGGAGGACAACAAGGUGGACAGGGAGAAUUUGGAGGACAACAACGCCAACAAUAA